AAUUAUACCGCCAUAUCAAUUUCCAGCAUACUAUAACUCUUUUAUUAAGUCAAUAACCUCUUCCGAUUCUACCUCUACCUCAUCUUCCUUUAAUACUUCUUAUAAUAACUCUCAAACACAACCAAAUAAUUCUUCUUUUAACAACAAUGCUAUAUCAACUUUUCAAACUAUCAAAAUUUGUACACUCAAUACUAAUAGCCUUUCAACUAACUCUAAACAAUUACUUAUAUAUAACUAUAUUAUAGAAAAUAACAUUGAUAUUUUUGGUCUAUCAGAAACACAUCUAACUGAAAAAGAAAAAGGUGUUGAAAUUUAUAUUCACACUAACUUGUCUAAAUAUAUUGGAUAUAUACAAGAAUAUCAAGGACAUAUUAUCUGUCUAGAUCUCUUUCUUUCAAACAAUCCACUUCGUGAUUUUAAUGCAACACCCAAUCCCAAACUAGAUCAUUCUCUAGCAAAAAGAACACAAACACCAGAAUCACAACUUAUUAAAUUUCUUACUCCUCAUAUGCAUGAUACCUUUCGUCUCUUUCAUCCCAAUUCUAUAAAAUUUACCUUCAAUAUUAUUGAAGAUGCUACAAUAGAAUUAGAUCACAAUAUUAUUCUACUUGAAUUUUCUAUUCUAUUAACAAUUUCUUCUUCAUACAUACAACCUCUUAGGAAAGUCCCUCUUUGGAAACAAUUAUCAUCUAAACAAAUCCAAAAAUACCAAACACAUAUAGAUCAAAACUUAACUAAAAUUUGCUUACAUAUUCCACAAAUUCAAAACCAA